AAAAACGCACCAGCGAUCCUCAGAACUAAAGAAAAAGCAGAGAAAUGGAGAGGUCAUCCGCAACAUUAAUUCCAGCUGAUGAGUUUCGCAGUGUUCAGGAUGAUAUUACAGGCCAGGUUGAGCUAAUUUGGCAGCAGACCAAGGCACCAUUUAUCGUGCCACUUUUGAAGGUCAUGGUGUUUCUGUGCCUGAUAAUGUCAAUAAUGCUCUUCGUGGAGAGGGUGUAUAUGGGCAUUGUUAUCCUCUUUGUUAAGUUAUUUGGGAAGAAACUUGAGAAGAGGUAUAGGUGGGAACCCAUUAAAGAUGAUGUUGAGCUAGGCAAUUCAGCUUACCCCAUGGUCCUAGUGCAAAUCCCCAUGUACAAUGAAAAAGAGGUUUAUCAGCUAUCAAUUGGAGCUGCAUGUGGACUUUCAUGGCCUUCUGAUCGGAUCAUAAUUCAAGUUCUAGAUGAUUCCACUGAUCCAUCCAUUAAGGCUUUGGUGGAAGCAGAAUGUCAGAGAUGGGCAAGCAAAGGUGUAAAUGUAAAGUAUGAGGUAAGGGACAACAGGAAAGGUUACAAGGCCGGUGCUUUAAAGGAAGGCAUGAAACAUUACUAUGUCAAACAGUGUGACUAUGUCGUUAUUUUCGACGCUGAUUUCCAGCCUGAACCUGAUUUCCUCUGGCGCACCGUCCCCUUCCUUAUCCACAACCCUGAAAUUGCCCUGGUUCAAGCACGCUGGAAAUUUGUGAAUGCUGAUGAAUGCUUGAUGACAAGGAUGCAAGAGAUGUCAUUAGAUUAUCAUUUCAUAGUGGAGCAAGAAGUUGGGUCUUCCACCUAUGGCUUCUUCGGUUUCAAUGGCACAGCUGGUGUUUGGAGAAUUUCCGCACUUAAUGAGGCCGGCGGAUGGAAGGACAGAACAACCGUGGAGGACAUGGAUUUGGCUGUCCGAGCCAGUCUUAAAGGCUGGAAAUUCGUCUAUGUGGGCAACCUCAAGGUGAAAAAUGAAUUGCCAAGUACUUUCAAAGCGUACAGAUAUCAACAGCAUAGAUGGUCCUGUGGCCCUGCUAAUCUCUUCAGGAAAUUGGCAAUGGAGAUAGUAAGAAACAAGAAAGUCUCCUUGUGGAAGAAAUUGUAUGUGAUUUACAGCUUCUUCUUUGUCCGGAAGAUUGUGGCUCACAUUGUCACCUUCACCUUCUACUGUGUUGUUUUACCUGCGACUGUUUUGGUUCCUGAAGUUGUAGUACCCAAGUGGGGAGCCGUUUACAUUCCUUCCAUAAUUACUCUUCUCAAUGCUGUUGGAACCCCAAGGUCAAUACACCUACUCGUUUUUUGGAUUCUUUUCGAAAAUGUUAUGUCUCUACAUAGAACAAAGGGGACAUUUAUAGGCCUGCUUGAGGCAGGGAGAGUGAAUGAAUGGGUUGUAACUGAGAAAUUGGGAGAUGCUCUCAAGACAAAAUUAGGAGGAAAAACUCUCAAGAAACCCAGAAUUCGACUUGGUGAAAGGCUUCAUGUGCUAGAGCUUGGUGUUGGGGCAUACCUCUUCUUCUGUGGAUGCUAUGAUCUUGCCUUUGGAAAGAACCACUAUUUCAUUUACCUUUUCCUCCAAUCCAUUGCUUUCUUUGUUGCCGGCAUUGGCUAUGUUGGCACCUUUGUUCCCAAUUCUUAGGGACAACUGGAGUCUCGUCAGUCCAUAUCCUGCACUACAUUUCAAAGCGUUAGAGUUGCAGAAAUGUAACUGAAAAUGCUGUUCAAAGUUCAUUCUUUCUCAAUUCUUGCCAAAGCAUAAGCUUUCCUCUUGUAAAAGCAUGGAUAAUGUCAAAGAUAAUGACAGUAAUGAAAAGAGUAGAUUGCA